UCCAGUGGACGGAGACCAAUAGAAAUACAAGUCAACUCAUAAAUUUGCUUAAUAAUCUAUGACUUGAUUGUUUUUUUUCUUCUUGAAAAAUUACUAAUACUACUGGGAAAUGUGAACGAAAACAGAAGGCCCAGAAAUUCAUAAGCAGUAUUAAGUGUUCUUCCUCAACAUGGCACCUCAACUCAUUUACCUCAUCGUUCUAUCACUCUUUGCAGUACUUGGAUCAAGUGCUCAACAUGACUGCCAAGUCGAAAAGUGCAGGCACCAUGGCCCUGCCAUCCGGUUCCCCUUCAGCCUUAAAGACCGCCCCCAACAGCACUGUGGCUACCCUGGCUUUGAACUUCACUGCACUCAAAAUGAUGACACGGUCUUGGAAUUACCUUUUCCGGUGAAGGCAUCCGUCAAGGACUCUAACCUUCCGUUUUCGGUUCAGUUUUCCAUUAAAGAAAUCGAUUACAAAAAUCAAUUAAUCGAGAUAUCUCAAGUCUUUGGCUGCUCUCCAGGAUUGCUUCCAAUUCUAAAUUUAUCCGCAUCUCCAUUCCAAUUCCUAGAUGAUUAUAGUUAUAACUUCACUUUAUUCAACUGUUCCAAAAUCAAGCGAGAUCUGGAGUUUCGUUUUGGUUUCAAUUUGGUAUCCUGCCUCAGCAGUAGGGAUUAUGACGUUUAUACGGUUUCGUCCGAUGAUUUCUUAUAUAAAUUGCCCCUACAAUCCUGCAGCAAGAUGUUUGACAUUCAAUCCAUACCUUGGGAUGUAUUUGAAAAUCUGUCCUCUUUUCAAUUGGAAUGGUCCAGACCAUCUUGUGGACAUUGCGAAUCCAAUGGCAAACAUUGUAGAUUGAAGAAUGACAGUUCAAUCUUGCCUGAUACUGAAUGCUACAGCAGCAAACCAGAAGGUCUUGUGGCAAAACUAAGAGUUGCAGGUGAAGUGCUUGGUCCUUUGCUUGCUGCGUUCCUUGCUAUUGCAUCAUAUUGGAUUUAUAGCUCAUACAAACUGAAAAAAGAGAGUGAUUUGAAAAUUGAGCAAUUCUUGGUGGAUUACAAGGCACUCAAUCCAACAAGAUAUUCGUAUGCAGACAUAAAAAGAAUCACAGAUAACUUUAUCGAAAAACUUGGUGAAGGAGGAUACGGAACAGUAUACAAAGGAAAGUUGUCUAAUGAUGUUUUUGUUGCGAUCAAGAUCCUCAAUAAUUCUAAAGAGAAUGGCGAAGAUUUCAUAAAUGAAGUGGGCACCAUAGGUAGAAUCCACCAUGUCAAUGUGGUUCGCCUGGUUGGAUAUUGUGCCGAUGGUUUUACACGAGCUCUGGUUUAUGAGUUUCUGCCUAAUGAUUCACUUCAAAAGUUUAUAUCUUCUGAAAAACAGAGGAGUAAGCUCGGGUGGGAGAAGUUGCACCGGAUUGCAGUGGACAUAGCCAAAGGAGUUGAGUAUCUUCAUCAAGGCUGCGAGCAAAGAAUCCUUCAUUUUGAUAUUAAACCAAACAACAUAUUGCUAGAUGACAACUUCAAUCCAAAGAUAUCGGAUUUUGGUUUAGCAAAAUUGUGUUCCAAGGAGCAAAGUAUUGUGUCCAUGACUGCAGCAAGGGGUACAAUCGGUUAUAUUGCGCCGGAGGUUUUCUCGAGAAACUUUGGGAAUGUUUCUUAUAAAUCAGAUGUUUAUAGUUUUGGGAUGUUGCUUCUUGAGAUGGUUGGAGGAUUGAAAAAAAAUGAUGUUGGUGGGCAGGACAAAAGUCAAGUUUAUUUUCCAGAAUGGAUUUACAAUAAAUUGGAGCACGGAGAAGAAAUAGCCAUCCAAAUUGAGAAAGAGAGCGACAAUAAGAUUGUUAGAAAACUAACUAUUGUGGGACUUUGGUGCAUUCAGUGGUAUCCGGUCGAGCGACCCUCCAUGAAAGUUGUAAUUCAAAUGCUUGAAUCGGAAGAAACUCCCUCCAUGCCCCGUAACCCAUUCACUUCCACGAAUGGAAUGCAGAAUGCAGCAAUUGCACGUGGUAGAAUAUUCAGCAGCGAACUUGAAAUCAUUUCAGAAUCUGAGUAAUGAAGUGAGAGCAUUUAAUACUGAAACUCUUUGACUGCUUCGUAAAUUUAAGAUGUGGUUUUACAAGUAGAAGUAUAUUACCCUCUCUGUGGCCAAUACUACAUAAUAAACAUGUACUAACUAUUUAAGAUCUCAGCAUCAUCUUCCUUUAUGUCGGCUCUAUUAUGGAUUAAAAACUAAAAUAUUUUGUCGUAGUUUUCAA